UGAUUCGAGAGAGAGAUGGAGAGAGAGUGAGAGAGAUUCCUGUUGCUUUUUGUCACUACUGGAUCAAGUAAAACGAUGCACGACUACCACUGUUCUUUUUCCUCCAUUUUCACAUCAGUUUUCAACUGUCGGUAAUCCCACAACCUUAUUUAAGCUAUGAUUUCGGUCUCCCCAGCAAGACAAAGCAAUCAGAUCAUCCCUCCAUAGUCCAUGCUCUCUUCCCUCCUCCUCCCCUCCUCUCUUGUCAGGAGACAGUGGUCUCAGUAAUCACCUCUUCAUUCUUCUCAACCACAAAAGGCAGCUCUUUCCAGUGAUGGAUCAGCGGGUUCUCCCAACAACAGAUUCUUGGCCUUACUUCCUAGGCAAGAGUAUGGAGGAAAUGAGGCAAUCUCUCUUGUACGCGACGUUCGAGCUCGAGUGCACGCGCAUUGCGGCGAAGGAGGAGAUAGAGAGGCAGGAGCAACACACCAAGGACUUGCUGCAACUUCUGCAGCAGGCCUACAGAGAAAGGGACGAGGCGAAUGAGAAGUGCAAGAAGCUCUUGUUUCUUCAGACCAACACCACCACCACUGGAUCGCCGCCGGAGGAGACGGCCACCGUCCUCAAACGGGUCGAUUCCACCACCUCCGAGUGCGACAGCAUCUCCCGCGCCUCCUCCUCCCCUGUCGACUCCUUCUUAGACUUCGACCACUCCGACGACCAAAACCGGAUUUCUCCACCGCCGCAGCCGGUGCCGGCAACGACAGUGGCAACGACCACCGUCCAUUGCGACGUAUGGCCGGAGACGGACAUGAAGCUGCCGGAGAAAGGGAAGCUCCUCCAGGCGGUGAUGAACGCCGGGCCGCUCCUGCAGACGCUCCUCCUCGCCGGGCCGCUACCACAGUGGCGCCAUCCUCCACCGCCGCUCGAGUCUUUCCAGAUCCCUCCCGUCGCUGUGGCCAUAUCCGGUGGAUCGGCUGUGACGGAGGGUUCGCCGGCUAUCUCCAGGAAGAGGUCGCCGGAAUCCUACGACUCCGGCGACCGCUCCGUCAAGCUCCAGCGGCUCCACUAGGGCCGCUGUUGGGUGGGCCCUUGUGGUCCUUGGCGCUUUUCCUUCCUAAUCCUACCCCACUAACCUAAAGGAGGGGUGAAAAAUUACCAAAAUGGGCACGAUUGCACGGUCAAAAGCCCCGGAAGCAACCCCCACCACGGCAGUGCCAGUGAGAGAAGCCAUGCCGUUGACCUGUUGACUCAGAAAUGACGAUCUUAGACAACCGGAUUCCGGCGGCUCCUGUUCCCUCUGGGAAAAAGAAUCAGAGGCGAAGCGGACCAUGGAGACGUCCGAGACGAGACGGCGCGGGAGAGACGGAAACGAGGCAGUUGCCCAUUUUUGUAAUUUUUCCUUUUUGGUUAAUAUGUACGUUUCAUUUUCUCUAAUUUAAUUUGGUGAGAUAAUUAGUCGACUAAUUCUCUCUAAUCUAAUAUAUUGGUACAAAUAUGGCCCA